AUGCACGGCCUACGAUGGCACUGCCAAAGCCUGCUGGUUAGGCAGUUGCGCUCCCCGGCCCUCAUUCGUGGCCGCCGGGAAAACUGCUGUCGAGCACCAGCCUGCGCUUUGGACAGCGGCUCAGAGCUGGGAGCCACGUCCACUGGCAUGGUCCAUGUCGGAGGCAAGCUGCUGCUGCAGAGCUUCUUGGAUUCCCCCAGUCGCCGGCUCACGCUCUCCCUCCAGCUUGUCAGCGCCACUGUCGCCGGUGAUGGGCGCGGGGUGCUAGGAGAAGAGGCAGUGCUGGGUGCUGCCAUCAGCGGCGCGGAGACAGAGCUGGACGUGACUCUGGCGUGGGACGACGCACUGGGCGUGCCCGGCGCCGUGGUCGUGAAGAACCACUCUGACUUCCCCGUCUACCUCAAGCUGCUGAGCACGGCGGCCGGCGUUCACUUCACCUGCAACGGGUGGGUGUAUCCCGUCGGGAAGCACUCGCAUCGCCUCUUUUUCACCAAUGACGCCUAUGUCAAAGAGCAGACGCCAAGCGCGCUGCUCAAGUACAGGGAAGACGAGCUCGCCGCCCUCCGAGGAGAGGCAGGCCGCGCGUUCGCUGACGACGAGGAGCAGCCGUUCCAGGAGUGGGACCGUGUGUACGACUACGCUCUGUACAAUGAUCUUGGGAAUCCCGACCUGAGGAAGGACUUGGCGCGCCCCGUGCUGGGGGGAUCUCAGGAGUACCCAUACCCUCGUCGCACCAAGACCGGCCGGCGACCAAGCAGGGCAGAUCGAAAGGGACCUAUCGAGGACCGAACUGAUGGGUUCGGUUAG